CCCAAAAAGUCACAAACUUUGACAAAAAAACAGUAAACAGAGAAUAAAAAAAAAAAUCAAACCUUUGCCUCAAGCUUCCAACUUUCCUUUCAACAACUGUCUUCAUUGCCUCUUUAUCCCCAAAAUUAUGACAACAAACCUCACGCGUAGCUUCUUCUUCGUCUUCGUCUUCGUCUUCUUCCUCUACAAUGAAAGCUCUUCUCUUUCUUCUCACCCUUUUCCUCAUCCUUCCAAACCCAAUUUCAGCCAUUGAUUUCGUCUUCAACGGCUUCAAUGACUCUUCAUCUAAUGUCUCCCUCUUCGGGAUCGCAACAAUCGAAUCAAAAAUCCUAACUUUAACAAACCAAACAUCGUUUGCAACUGGUCGUGCUCUAUACAGCAAAAUCAUCAGGACAAAAGAUCCAAUCACUUCCUCUGUUUUACCUUUCUCUACUUCUUUCAUCUUCACCAUGGCUCCUUUUAAGAACACGCUUCCUGGUCACGGCAUCGUCUUCCUCUUCGCACCCACCACUGGAAUCAACGGUUCUAGCUCUGCUCAACACUUAGGUCUCUUCAAUUUGACUAAUAAUGGUAACCCUAGUAAUCACAUCUUUGGAGUUGAGUUUGAUGUUUUUGCUAAUCAAGAAUUUAGCGACAUCGAUGCUAAUCAUGUCGGAAUUGAUGUUAAUUCACUUCAUUCAGUCUAUUCGAACACUUCUGGUUAUUGGUCUGAUAAUGGAGAGUUUAAGCCAUUGAAGCUUAACGAUGGAAGAAAUUAUCAAGUUUGGAUUGAUUAUAGAGAUUUUAUAGUUAAUGUUACUAUGCAAGUUGCUGGUAAGAUUAGACCUAAGACUCCUUUGCUUACUACGUCUUUGAAUCUCUCUGGUGUUGUGGAAGAUGAGAUGUUUGUUGGAUUCACUGCAGCUACAGGGAGAUUGGUUCAGAGUCAUAAGAUUUUAGCUUGGAGUUUUAGUAAUUCGAAUUUCUCUUUGAGUGAUAGUUUGAUCACUACUGGUUUGCCUUCGUUUGUUUUGCCUAAGGAUUCGAUUCUUAAAGCUAAAUGGUUUGUUUUUGUGUUGGCAUUGAUCUGUUUCUUGGUUGUUGCGGUUGUGGGUUUGGUUUUGUUUGCUGUGGUGAGAAAGAGAUUGGAGAAGGCGAGGAAGAGAGCGUUGAUGGAGGAUUGGGAAAUGGAGUAUUGGCCUCAUCGGAUUCCGUAUGAGGAGAUUGAAUCCGGGACUAAGGGGUUUGAUGAGAAGAAUGUGAUUGGGAUUGGUGGGAAUGGGAAAGUGUAUAAAGGUUUGUUACAAGGAGGAGGUGUGGAAGUUGCGGUUAAGCGGAUUUCGCAGGAGAGUAGCGACGGGAUGAGGGAGUUUGUAGCUGAGAUCUCGAGUCUUGGGCGGUUAAAGCACCGGAAUCUAGUUUCUUUAAGAGGUUGGUGUAAGAAGGAGAUUGGUACUUUCAUGCUGAUAUAUGAUUACAUGGAGAAUGGAAGUUUAGACCGAUGGAUAUUCGAAAAUGAUCAGAAGAAAAGUACGCUUAGCUGUGAAGAGAGGAUUCGGAUUUUAAAAGGUGUAGCUUCAGGAAUAUUGUAUUUGCAUGAAGGAUGGGAAUCUAAGGUUUUACAUAGAGACAUUAAAGCGAGCAAUGUGUUGCUUGACCGGGAUAUGAUACCAAGGCUUAGUGAUUUUGGGUUAGCUCGGGUUCAUGGACACGAGCAAGCGGUUAGGACCACGAGAGUGGUUGGUACAGCUGGCUAUUUGGCUCCUGAAGUGGUUAAGACUGGGCGUGCAUCGACACAAACCGAUGUUUUUGCUUACGGGAUACUGGUUCUUGAAGUAAUGUGUGGGAGAAGACCUAUUGAAGAAGGGAAGAAACCGUUAAUGGAUUGGGUUUGGGGAUUAAUGGAAAGAGGUGAGAUUCUAAAUGGGCUCGAUCCACAGAUGAUGAUGACACAAGCCAUUGAUGAAGCUGAAAGAGUUUUGCAGCUUGGAUUGCUUUGCGCACAUCCUGAUCCGGCCAAGAGACCUUCGAUGAGACAAGUGGUUCAAGUGUUUGAAGGUGACAAAGCUGAGAUAUUUGAAGCGGACAGUAGUGAAGAUGUUGAAUCAUGGAUGUUGAAGAAGAUGGGAUCUGGGGGAAACUCGCUAGAGUUUUGGUAUGGAAGCUCAUCACACCCAACGAUAGAACAGAUUAGACUUCAGUCUUUGUCUGUGUCUCUUUCGUCUUGGAACAGCUCAAUUUUAGAAGGGAGGUGAUCAUGAAUUCAUGAUGAACAAAAGGCUUAAGGAACCUCAAGAAUGUAGUUAUUUUUGUGGUUUUUACUUUGUUACUUGUUUUGUACAUAUACGGUUUUGUAAACGCAUUUCAUUAUACAUGUAUUGUAAGAUUUUUUUUUUGUGAAAUUUGAUUUCAAUUUAUUUAUA